AUGGGAAUCGAGCUUGGCGCGAUCGGAUCCUAUCGCCGUUAUCGGGAGGAGGCGAUCGGUGACUUGCUGCGCGCGAAUGGACUGACGGACGCGAACCCGACGCGCUCACCCACUGGCGACGACUGGUACGACGAGACAGAUAGCGACUUGACGCAUCUACGUAGGUCCAGGUGA